AUGGAUGGAUCCCUCGCAAGCCUUGGGCCAUCCGUGGAGCGCUCGGGUGAGCCAGCCCGGCCGAGGUUUCCUCCAGUAGGUGAGCGGCUACAGCAGCCUCUGACGCUGGCGCUGCUCCCGGCGAACGACGACCCAAGCCCCCGGAAGGCGCCCGAUUCAAGACGACCUGGGAGGCGCGCGCUGCGACGUCCGCUGUGGAGCCCUGCAGCCCCCACCUCACCCUCUCUCGUCUGCGCUCUGUGCAGGCGAUUCCGUGCCCUUGAUUGCUGCUGGCAUCCUGGGCCGUGGCGGCGGCAAACAAGAGGCGUUCGACGGGGUUGCUGGAUAGAACCUCCACCCGCCGCCGCCGCCGCGGCUGUAGAGUUGCCGCUGCGUGCGCAACAUGCAGCCACCGACGAACCCUGCCUGCAGGUCGCCGAUGCGGCACUGCACAAGGUUUGUACGUGCCUAUCGCCCCUUGCGAAAAAUGAUACCCGUAUUGCUACCUCGCCGCAGGUUCACUGCAGUGGUAUGCACACCGAGUCUUGCGCAGCUCCCGAGUGGUUGCGCGGAAGCACGUGCUUAUCGGUGCAGUGCAGUGCAGCACGCAGCACUGGCCGCCCACCGACAGCGGGACGCGCGCGCGCCCAAGCUCCCUUGCCAUGGCCAGCAGCUGGUCACCGCGCGCAUCUUGGGCCUGCGUUUCUCCAUCAAUCUCACGUCGUGUAG